AUGAGUUAUCCACCAAACUCAAUAGAAGACAUUCGUAGAGCUUAUUUACUAAGAGGUCCAUGUCAACCACGCAAGCAUAAUUUCCUUUCUACAAGCAAUGGAAAUCGAAAACGUAAAUUUGUCUCACUUUGGUUUGAUGAAUUUAAGAGCUGGCUGGAGUAUAGUGUUACCAAGGAAGCUGCUUAUUGCUUAUAUUGCUAUCUUUUCUCAAGACUCCAUGGAAAUGGACAAGAUGCCUUUGUAUCUAAGGGAUUUACUGCUUGGGGCAAGAAAGAAAGAUUAAGAGAUCAUGUUGGAAAUCAUACAAGUGAGCAUAAUAGGUGUAGAUUAGCAUGUCAGGAUUUGAUGAACCAACCCCAGCACAUUGAAGUCUCUCUACUAAAGCAGUUAACACAAUCGAAGCUUAAUUAUCGUUGCAGAUUGAAUGCAACGAUUGUUUCACUUCGUUAUCUUAUCAUGCAAGGAAUGCCUUCUCGCGGACAUGAUGAGUCCGAAGAAUCCUUAAAUCAAGGUAAUUUUCUUGAGCUUUUGAAAGUUAUUACCUCUUGCAGCGAUGAGAUAUCUAGUGUUGUACUAAAAAAUGCUCCUGACAAUCUCAAACUAACAUCACCGAGAAUUCAGAAGGACAUCAUAAAUGCAUUUGCUGUUGAGACAACAAAACUUAUUGUACAAGAUAUGGGAAAUGAUUUUUUCUCCAUAUUAAUCGAUGAGUGUCGAGAUAUAUCAGUCAAAGAGCAAAUGUGUGUUGUGGUGCGAUAUGUGGACAAGAAUGGAUGUGUUAUGGAACGCUUUCUCGGUGUAGUGCUUGUCAGAGACACGAUUGCAACCUCACUUGAGAAGGCACUUGAUUCUUUGUUAUCUAUGUAUGAUUUAAGUGUAUCUAGUUUGAGAGGACAAGGAUAUGAUGGUGCAAGCAACAUGAGAGGUGAAUUCAAUGGAUUGAAAAGUUUGAUACUCAGGAGAAAUCCCAGUGCCUAUUAUGUACAUUGUUUUGCUCACCAGCUUCAACUCACAAUUGUCGCUGUUGCCAAAAAGCAUACAAGUAUCGGAUCUUUUUAUAAUGUUAUCAACCGUUUGUGUAAUGUUGUUGGAGGUUCUUGUAAGCGCAGAGAUAUACUUAGAGAAAAAUAG